GCUCAGGCUGCUCCAGCUCCCAGCAGUGGGCAGUGUACGGCCGCUCUGCCGUGCACCAUGGCGGCUGCGGUGGAAGUUAACGGGAGCACCAGCUGCAGCGGCAGCAGCGACACUUCCAGUACCGGAGAGGAGGAGAGGAUGAGGCGGCUCUUUCAGACGUGCGAUGGGGACGGGGACGGCUACAUUAGUAGGAACGAUUUAUUAAUGGUUUGUCGCCAACUUAACAUGGAGGAGUCAGUGGUUGAAAUCAUGCAUCAACUUGGAGCAGAUGAAAGUGGAAAGAUAUCAUUUCAAGAUUUUACGAGGUGUCGUAUGCAGCUUGUGCGUGAAAUACGAAAGGAGGAAGUGGAACUUUCUGAUGACUCUUGCAAGAAUAAAAAAUUGCGAGAUAGAAUAACCUCCUGGCCAACUGGAAGUGAACAAAGCUUAGGUGCCUUAUCUGGAGUACGGGAAAGCUGGGAAUAUGACUCGGGAGCGCGGGAUCUCCAGAGCCCUGAGCCGAAGAUGGAUUUAAUCAUGCAGAAGUUCUUAGAAUUUGGAGGCAAAACUAUGACUCAGACGGCCCUGCAAAAACGUCUUUGUCAGACUUCCAGCCUAAGCAAUAACGUGGGGGGAAGCUAUCUGGAACUUGCCAACACACUUCAUUUAGCAGCCCUGGCUUCUUUAAAGGGAGAUAUAGUGGAUCUGAACAAACGUCUUCAGCAGACAGAGAAAGAGAGGGACAUGCUAGAGAAGAAGCUUGCCAAGUCACAGUGUGAACAAUCCCAUCUAAUGAGAGAGCAUGAAGAUGUUCAGGAGAGAACAACCCUCCGUUAUGAGGAACGUAUUACAGAGCUGCACAGCAUCAUAGCGGAGUUAAAUAAGAAGAUUGAUCGGCUUCAAGGAACAACCAUAAGGGAGGAAGAUGAAUAUUCUGAGCUACGAUCAGAACACAGUCACAGCCAGCUUGAAGUCAAUGACGACACUCGCAGUCUGGACCAGGACCAGACAUCAGUGUCUGUGCAAGAGAAUCAAUCCACAAUGGUCACUGUGGAUAUGGAAACAAGCAGUGACUUAAACUCAGAGUUGCAGAGAGUGCUGACAGGCCUGGAAAACGUUGUAUGUGGGCGGAAGAAGAGCAGCUGCAACUUGUCCGUAGCAGAAGUGGACAGACACAUAGAGCAGCUUACUUCUGCUAGUGAGCACUGUGACCUUGCUAUAAAGACGGUGGAGGAGAUAGAAGGAGUACUAGGGCGAGGGCUGUACCCCAAUCUUGCAGAGGAGAGAUCACGAUGGGAGAAGGAGCUGGCGGGUCUGCGGGAGGAAAACGAAAGCCUCACUGCCAUGCUGUGCAGCAAAGAGGAGGAUCUCAACCGGACCAAGGCUACGAUGAAUGCUAUCCGCGAAGAGAGGGACCGUCUGCGCAGGAGAGUGCGGGAGUUGCAAACCCGGCUCCAGAGUGUCCAGGCAACAGGCCCCUCUAGCCCUAGUCGUCUCACAUCCACAAGCCGACCGGUCAACCCCAGCACUGGGGAGCUGAGCACGAGCAGCAGCAGCAAUGACAUUCCGAUUGCCAAGAUUGCAGAACGGGUAAAGCUGUCUAAGACAAGGUCAGAGUCCUCCUCAUCCGAGCGGCCUGUACUUGGCUCAGAGAUCAGCAGCAUUGGGGUAUCGAGCAGUGUGGCAGAGCACUUGGCCCAUUCCUUACAAGACUGUUCUAAUAUCCAGGAGAUCUUCCAAACAUUGUACUCUCAUGGAUCUGCCAUCUCAGAGAGCAAAAUUCGAGAAUUUGAGGUGGAGACAGAACGGCUAAAUAGUCGAAUCGAGCACUUAAAAUCCCAGAAUGAUUUGUUGACAAUAACACUGGAGGAGUGCAAGAACAACGCAGAGAGAAUGAGCAUGCUUGUGGGCAAAUACGAGUCCAAUGCCACAGCGCUCCGGCUCGCACUGCAGUACAGCGAACAGUGCAUAGAGGCAUAUGAACUGCUGCUGGCGCUGGCGGAGAGUGAACAGUCUCUCAUCCUUGGUCAAUUCAGAGCUGCAGGAGUGGGGUCUGUAGCAGAGCAGUCUGGUGAUGAGAAUGUCACACAGAUGCUAAAGCGGGCCCACGACUGCAGGAAGACAGCAGAGAAUGCGGCUAAAGCACUGUUGAUCAAGCUAGAUGGCAGUUGUGGGGGAGCGUUCGCUGUCACGGGUUGUAGUGUGCAGCCCUGGGAGAGCCUUUCCUCAAAUAGCCAUACAAGUACAACCAGCUCUACAGCGAGUAGCUGUGACACAGAAUUUUCCAAAGAGGACGAGCAGAGGUUGAAGGAUUACAUCCAGCAGCUAAAGAACGACCGUGCUGCAGUCAAGCUUACCAUGUUGGAACUGGAGAGCAUCCAUAUUGAUCCUCUGAGUUAUGAUGUUAAACCACGGGGAGACAGCCAGAGACUGGACCUGGAGAAUGCAGUCCUGAUGCAGGAGCUUAUGGCAAUGAAGGAGGAGAUGGCAGAGCUCAAGGCCCAGUUGUAUUUACUGGAGAAGGAAAAGAAGGCGCUGGAGCUGAAGCUAAGUACCCGGGAUGCCCAGGAGCAGGCGUACCUGGUACAUAUUGAGCACCUCAAGUCUGAGGUUGAGGAACAGAAGGAGCAGAGGAUGAGAUCGCUUAGCUCCACCAGUAGUAGCAGCAAGGACAAGCCAGGCAAGGAUUCCAUAGAGGGCUCAGCAUUGCCUUUAUCAGAGCUCCUAACUUACAAUGAAGGUGAACUUUCUACAGAACUAACCAGCGCCCUCCGAAGAGAGAAGAAGCUGAAGUCUCGAGCUCAGGAGUUAGUGAGUGCCUUAGAAAGACUCACCAAGAGCAGUGAGGUCCGACACCAGCAGUCUGCGGAGUUUGUUAAUGAUUUGAAGAGAGCUAACAGUAACCUUGUUGCAGCGUAUGAAAAAGCAAAAAAGAAGCACCAGAACAAACUGAAGAAGUUGGAGUCCCAGAUGAUGGCCAUGGUGGAGCGACAUGAGACACAAGUGCGGAUGUUAAAACAAAGAAUAGCCUUACUAGAGGAGGAAAACUCCAGACCUCAUACGAAUGAGACGUCACUGUGAACCUGGUGCUCACUAGACAAUUGUGCCAAGGCAGACUCUCUUGGGAAGCUAAAUAUUGCACGGAUAUAUGGGCUGGCUAAACUGACAAUAUCUUUACCCAAGGAUGUCACAAAGACAGAUGCCCAAAAGGUGCUGCCAUCUGCAACAACAAGACUGGAUAUACUGUACUAUGUGACUUAUUUCAUGUAACAAUACAUAUAGGAUACAUGAAAUCCUUUUGAAUAAAGACGUUGCCUAAUCCAAAGUCAUGUUACCCUAUAAAUUUGCACGGGAAAGAGGCAGAAACAAGUUACAGUGAAUAAACACUUUUCUUCCUCCUUAUCGAAUGCUUUUAUAUUUGUGAGACACUAGUUUGUGCCAAAUGUCAACUCAUCGUGAGCUGGAAGACUGCAGCCCUAUGUGGUUGCUCACUAAGCAGCGUUGGAGCUUGAAUCAGAAACUUUCAUUGUCCCAGAGCAAAGAUGCACCUUCAUUUUGUUUCUGAAAGACAUGGCGCUCUGGGGACAAUUUUUCUAAACAUCAUUUUAGACACUUUUAGGAGCUGUUCCAAGAGUACUACCAGCAAAAAAAAAAGAAAAAUUUGCUAAACUGGAUGUUAAACCUACAGUCACUUAUACCAAUACAUUUUAACAGCGUUUUAGUUCAGCCAGAUGGGUGCUUAAAUCCUUCAGUUUUUAAAAAUCAAGAUGACAAAAGGUUAACUGUUUCUUAGUACACUGUGAGAAGAAAUGCUGAGGUUGUCCAGCUAUAUUUAUGUCUUUUUAUUUUUAAAUUGGUUCCUUUUGUAUUAUGUAACAUGUAUUUCCUGUGCAGUGUGUCACGCAAUAUACAAGAGGCACUUGUCCUGGUUGUAUAGUCCGUCCUGCUAAUGUUCUGCGAGGUAUAAAGUCCAUAGCGCCUUAUAGAUAGGAAACAGUUAUCAGAGGCAUGUGAUUAUGUAUUCAUUCUUUGCUAUUUAUAUGGAUUAGCAAUAAGGUUAAGGGGCAAUGCUCUCUGCUCAGUUUUUGUUGUAUCCCCUACAUUAUGUUCAACACACAGCAACAUAAUCAGAUUGGCAAAAACAAUGCUUUUGUAUGCAAAGAAACCAGAGUAUAUAUCCAGUGUGUGUGUGCAUAAGCAGUGUAAACCCUCUCUCUUUGUACUUAGAGCCCGGGGGAAGAGAGAACAAGGAGUCUGCCCUUGAAAAGCCAACUGUCGGCUGAAGUUUACCAAACCCCACUGCUUCUAUUUGGAUAUAUCCAGAAAAUAUUGACAGUUUUUAGUAUUAAGCCAACUUUAUCAGAGUUUUUGAAACAGUCAAGUUAGACCAACAUAAGUGUGCACUUCAACUCAUUGGAUUUGUUUUGUUACCUCAUGUUUACACAGUGCAGUCAGCCUGGAAGCUCAGCCCAUUUGAUCGGGGUUGUAGUUUCCAUUUCAAAUAGAGAAAUCAACCUAAAGGAGCAAUUCCCCAUACAUUUGAAACUCUGCAGCUUGUAUAACAAAUAAUCUGAAACCCAUUAAGGGGAAAUCAGUUUUACAGCACACUGUCCCUUUAAAAUGAACUCUUUGGUAUUGGUCAUACUUGUCUCAUCUCAAUAUUUUUGUUUAUAGGAUAUGCAUACAAUUUUAAUGCAAACAUUUAUUUCUAACCAUUUUACACUUGAGACUUGUCAUCCCCUAUGUACAGCAAUUCGACAGGUGUAAUGUAAUGAAAUUCCCAGGUUAGAGUCUGCUGCAAUUAACAAGUCGGAUAGCAAUAGUCUGGUAUUUCUCAUAGCAAGUGAGGUAUUUUAGUUUAAUAACCAUCUUCAUCCAACUUGGACAAUACAAACCUGUUGUAAAGUUUCCCGUCUGCUUGCAUCUUACUCAGGUUUCCUUAACAUGGUUUGGUGUUGGGGCUAUUCGCAAUAGUCAUAAAACGUUGUGCAAAAAAAAAACACAUAUGUGUCAUACAUACUUUUUCUCUUUUUUUUAUUCAUGAUAAAGCUAUUUUUAUUCUAGAAUAUCCAUUUUUUUUUACAAUUAAAUUAACACUGCAAAGGAAGCCACACUUGAUUCAGUCAAUGGAUCUCAUUACUGUUUGUUUGCAGCUAUUUUCUGCUAAGCAUUGACCAGUUUUACAAAAAAAAUAUUAUUUUUUUUGCAAAUUGAGAAAAAACAUAAUUAUUGAGUUGAUUAAAGGCAAGUUUCUAGCUGUGUGCGCCAGAUGUAACUCAUCAGUGAACAACAGCAAGAUGGCUGUCAUUAGAGUUUGUUGUUUUUCCUCCCAAGAAAUGUUAAAUUUGCCCUUUUAAAGGGACAUUAAACUGCUGGGUACAACUACAAUAUAAUGGUUACUAAUCUACGUUAUUGUUUUUCCUCCUUACCUGCAGCUCUCUUUAAAGCCGUCCUCUUAUUUUAACCCUUUGCAGAAAUCAGUUGGUAAAGCACUGCAUCUUUAUACUGGGCGUCCCCAUCUUGGUACGCACGUAUUGUUGCUUUUACAGACAAGUGAUUGUUACUGGCUUUGUGACAGUUGUACCUUACACUUUGGAUUAGCUCACACAUUAGACAGCAGAAGAGUUACAUUUUUUACACAGUUUAAAAGUUGCAUAACAAAUAUAAAAAUGCCUUCAGGUAUAAUAUAGAGAACUACAGUCGUUGUAAAGAUGUGCAAUUCCUGCUCUGAUUUGUACAGCACGGCUUGCCAAGAAGAAAACACCACCACUGAACUCUGUCACGGGGUACAAGAAUACUUAAAUUCCAAAAUGGUGGCGCACCGUGUGAUAAUGCAGAGCUUCACUAACCAGCACUUUUCAAGGGUUAAACUAAAAAAACAGCUUUGAACAGAGUUGCAGGUACAAGAGGUAAAAUAAUACCAUGGUGAGUAGCAACCAUUAUACUGCAGUUGUGCCCAGCAGUUUAAUUCAUUGUUAAGCAAACCCAGAACUAAUUACACCCUUUCAGUAGUUGUAGAAAGACUCAGAAUUCCUCCUAUGGGCACACAUUUAAUAGAGAUGCUUUAUGGUCACACCCAGAAAAUUCUCAGCGCCUAUAAUCAAUUUUUUUUUGGGGGGGACAUGUCUAGUACACUCCUGGAAAGUGUAGUGUGUUACUGAUGUCAGUGUUAUAGAUGGUUGCUUCGCUGCAAUAUUAUUUAGAAACAAAGGUGUAGUAGACAGCAGUGAUUUAACCGCCUGAUUGCCUAUAUCAGGUAGUAGUGGUUUAACCCCAUGUUUGCCUUUUCCAUGCUGCUGUGAUUAAAUCCCUGAACCUAACCUGCCCAAAACACACAUACUGAAAUGGUUUAAUCUCUUUAAUUGCUCAGAACAUUAAGCAGUGAAUUAACCUUUUGGUUACACAGAACACAAAUACCGGAGCUAUUGAACUUGCUUAAAAUCUGCGUUAUUGCUGAAGACACCUUACAUUGUUUUCAAUUUACUUUUUUUCACAGAGAAAAUAAAAUCUCACGCAAGCAAGAUGCACACAAGGAAUUAUCACAAAAAAAACAUUUUUAUUUUCGUUGUAAUUAAAUAACUGUGAGAUAACUUUGCAAAAAUACUCUACACACAAUAUUAUUUAUUUUUAUCUGCUUAAUUUUAAAUAGGUUUUUCAUUCCAAACCACUUAAAUUUGAAUGUGAAUUUUGAUUAGUGCAAACGUGUAGUCUCUGGAAAAGCUUUGAUCGGCUUAUUGCUUUGCUAGAGCUUAUUGAGGUGUUUGCACAGAUAUAUCUAUUACUAUCAUCUAUAUCUUAUCUAUCCUAUCUAUGGAUAUAUAUUCUAUCAUCUCUCUUAUCUAUCUAUCUUAUUUAUCUAUCGAUAUCUAUCAUCUAUCUUAUCUAUUGCUACCUAUCCAUCUAUCUUAUCUUUCCUAUCUAUCGCCAUAUAUCAUCUAUUGCUCAUCUAUCUUAUCUAUCGCUAUCUUAUCUAUCUAUCUUAUUUAUCUAUCGAUAUCUAUCAUCUAUCUUAUCUAUUGCUACCUAUCCAUCUAUCUUAUCUUUCCUAUCUAUCGCCAUAUAUCAUCUAUUGCUCUUCUAUCUUAUCUAUCGCUGUCUUAUCUAACUAUCUUAUUUAUCUAUCCAUCUAUCUUCCCUAUCUAUCUUAUUUAUCUAUUCUAUCUAUCGCUACAUAUCAUCUAUUGUUAUCUAUCAUCUAUCUUAUCUAUCGCUGUCUUAUCUAGCUAUUUUAUUUAUCCUAUCGCUAUCUAUCCAUCUAUCUUACCUAUCUAUCCAUCUAUCUAUAUCUAUUGCUAUCUAUCGCUAUCUAUCCCAACAUGGGGAGGAUAACUGGUAUUACAAAAUUGCUGUGUGCAUUGUCUAGCUUUGCAUGUCGGAGUAACUUGAAGAUAAAGCACAUUGGUUUACCAUGAAGCCAGUGUUUUAGGUGACAUUUUCUGUGUAAUUCUAAAGCUUUGCAUAUAGCAGCACAAAGACACUGGAUGAUGAACCCAGUACUGUUGAGGAAGUGUGUGGCUUUUAGACUAUAUUUUAUGGGUGAGCCAUCAAUCGCAGGUUACCAAAGAGGAAUCCAACUAACUGAAUACAGCUAACAGAGCAGUAUUGUAUCCCAACAGCAAAGGGCUUUUACUAAAACCAGUGCCUAUGCCGGUUAUUCUUUUCUUCAUGAGACUCUUGAGUAUCUUUUAAAAAUUGUUCACAUGACAGUUGUUGUUUUUUUGUUAUGUUUUCCACAAAAAAUGGAAUUAUUUGCUAUUUUUAUAACAAUUUCUCUGUUUAAGAAGCUUGUCUAAAUGUAUUAUUGCAAUGACAAAACAUGUCUAGGAUUGCACCAUCAAUAUUGAUUUUAUUUUGAGGUGUGGGGUUGUUUCCAAUGCGUUAACACUGUCGAAUUCUCCAGCAGGUCUAAGUGAUUCCUUCUUUAUUUCCCCAGCUCCUAACAAAAGGUUGUGUAUGUUAAUUUGAUAUAACAAUGUAAAAAAAAGUAAACCACAUUUAUUUAUACAGAGCAAUUUAUAAUGUUUAUUUUACAAAUGUUCUUAUAUUCAGAAUAAAUAAUUCAUAUGUGGAAAUAA